AUGAGACCUGAAUUUGAUCCCCAGAACCCAGUGCAAGACAAAGAACUUGAUGUGAAAACUUCUGCGGCUUCUUUGGCUAAUGAAGUGAAACACAAAUUGUCUCCUGAAAUCCGUGUUGAGAUGAAACGUGGGGAAAUUAUAAAUAAUGUAGCUGACCCAGAAGAACUGUUCACAAAAUUAGAGCGCAUUGGAAAAGGCUCCUUUGGAGAAGUUUUCAAAGGAAUCGAUAAUCGUACCCAGCAAGUGGUUGCAAUUAAAAUCAUUGACCUUGAGGAAGCUGAAGAUGAAAUAGAAGACAUUCAACAAGAAAUAACUGUUCUGAGUCAGUGCGACAGCUCAUAUGUAACCAAAUACUAUGGCUCCUAUUUGAAGGGUUCAAAACUAUGGAUAAUAAUGGAAUACCUAGGUGGAGGUUCAGCUUUGGAUCUUCUACGUGCUGGUCCAUUUGAUGAAUUCCAGAUUGCCACCAUGCUCAAGGAGAUUUUGAAAGGUCUGGACUAUCUUCAUUCUGAAAAGAAAAUUCACCGAGACAUUAAAGCUGCCAAUGUCUUGCUUUCUGAGCAAGGUGAUGUUAAGCUUGCUGACUUUGGAGUUGCUGGCCAGCUGACAGAUACACAAAUUAAAAGAAACACCUUUGUGGGAACUCCAUUUUGGAUGGCUCCUGAAGUUAUUCAACAGUCAGCUUACGACUCUAAAGCUGACAUUUGGUCUUUGGGAAUUACUGCUAUUGAACUUGCCAAGGGAGAGCCUCCGAAUUCUGACAUGCACCCAAUGAGAGUUCUGUUUCUUAUUCCAAAAAACAACCCUCCAACUCUUGUUGGAGACUUUACUAAGUCUUUUAAGGAAUUCAUUGAUGCUUGCCUGAAUAAAGAUCCAUCAUUUCGUCCUACAGCAAAAGAACUUUUGAAACAUAAGUUCAUUGUAAAAAAUUCAAAGAAGACUUCUUAUCUGACCGAACUGAUCGAUCGAUUUAAGAGAUGGAAGGCAGAAGGACACAGUGAUGACGAAUCGGACUCCGAGGGCUCUGACUCGGAAUCCAGCAGCAGGGAGAGUACUACUCACCCUGAAUGGAGUUUCACCACUGUGCGUAAGAAGCCUGAUCCAAAGAAACUACAAAAUGGGGAGGAGCAAGAUCUUGUGCAAACCUUGAGCUGUUUGUCUAUGAUAAUCACACCUGCAUUUGCCGAACUUAAACAGCAGGAUGAGAAUAAUGCGCGCCGAAACCAGGCAAUUGAAGAACUUGAGAAAAGUAUUGCCGUGGCUGAAGCUGCCUGCCCUGGCAUCACAGAUAAGAUGGUGAAGAAGUUAAUUGAAAAAUUUCAAAAGUGUUCUGCUGAUGAAUCCUCUUAA